CUGGAACCCGUCCGCAAGGAAGGGGGCACAGUGUCACACACCCUCCUGUGGGGGGCAACACUGGGAAUUUGGCAGGGGCUGGAAGCUGGAAAUCCACAUGGAUUUCUUAACAUUCCUGGUUUUUCUUGGUCCGUGGACACCCCUUUCUGCAUUCCUGGGGAGGGAUGUGGCUGUGAGCUGGGAUGGGGGCACAAAGAGGUGCACUGGGUGGAAAAUGGCACUGCAGGAAUCAGUGUGAAGCCCUGGGCUGGGAAUACGGCCCUGGAGCUUCAUCCUGGGGUGACAAUUUUGGGGGGGGCCCUGAAUUGGAGUGGGGUGUGCCCAGGGUGGGGGUGGUGCCGCGGGGAAAGCGGGGACUAGCAGGAAUUUCGGGGUGUGGCCGCUGCCAGGCAGGCACGGGGUCACAGGGCAGGAGGGCUCUGCCCUCGCCCUUCCCGGGUUAAUGAUUUCCAAGGAAUCUCCCUGUGCAGAGCCCACGGCCCAGCUUUGCCCGGCGGGGUAAGAGAAGGGGAAGCAGCUGGGGCCCCUGGGGGCCGACUUCCCGGUGGGACGGGUGUGGGAGAGCCACGUGUCUCCUGCCGGGCUGGACGGGGGCCAACAUCCCUGUUCCCAGGCUGCCGUGCGGGGUGCACGCAGGACGGGGGGCUCGGAGGGAGCCCCUGGAUCCACGCCCUGCUCCAGCUCCGGGGUGCGCCAUGGUGGAGGUGACAGUGACGCCGCAGUCCUCGCUGGCCGACCGGCCGGUGCAGAUCCGCGUGCGGGGACUGUCCCCAUCCCAACUCGUCACCCUGCGGGCAUGGCUGAAGGACGAGCAGGGCGAAUGCUUCCAAUCCCGCGCCUUCUUCCGCGCCGACGAAGCGGGAGAGGUGGAUCCCGGGCUCCAUGCCGCCCUGGGGGGCAGCUACUCCGGGGUCUGGCCCAUGGGGCUCUUGUGGUUCCUGCAGCCCGACACCCUUUUCCGCCGGCUGGUCAAGCGGGAUGUGGCCGGCAGCCCCUUCCGCGUGCGGCUGGAGGUGCUGGACGGGCUCAGCCUGGGCACGGACCCGCGGGAGCAGCCGCUGGGCUCCUGCGAGGCCGAGCGCUGGUACGUGGGCCCCGGCGUGCAGCGGGUGCCCGUCCGUGAGGGAAGGGUGCGUGGCGCCCUGUUCCUGCCUCCUGGUCCGGGCCCCUUCCCCGGAGUCAUCGACCUGUUUGGGGGUGCCGGGGGGCUGAUUGAGUUCCGGGCAGGGCUCUUGGCCAGCCGGGGCUUUGCCGUGCUGGCCCUCGCCUUCUUCGCCUACGACGACCUGCCCCGAGUCCUGGCCCAGCUGGACCUGGAAUACUUCGAGGAAGCGGCAGAGCUGCUCCUCCGGCAUCCCAAGGUCCGAGGCCCCGGCCUGGGCGUGGUGGGAGUCUCCAAAGGUGCGGAGGUGGCCUUGGCCAUGGCCACCUUCCUGCCACAGGUGGUGGCCACGGUGUGGAUCAACGGGACGAGCUUCCUGUACGGAAACCCGCUGGUCUACAAGGAGCUGCGCAUCCCUGCCAUUCCCUACUACACCGAGCGCGUCCUCUUCACCGAGGUGGGAGCCAUGGACAACUCGGCCAUCUUCACCGACCCCCGGGAGCCCGCCCGCCAGGCCUCGGCCAUCCCGGUGGAGAAGAUCCGGGGCAAGGUACUGUUUGUGGUGGGAGAGGCCGACCGCAGCUUCAACAGCAAGCUCUUCGCCGAGCUGGCCCUGGCGCGGAUGCCGCCGGAGAGCGGCCGCAUCCUGUCCUAUCCCGGCGCCGGGCACCUGAUCGAGCCCCCCGGGUCCCCCCUGUGCAGCAACUCCAGCAUCCGGGGCACUCCCAAGCCGGUGGCGUGGGGGGGAGAGCCCCAGCCCCAUGCCCGGGCGCAGGAACACUCCUGGCAGGAGAUCCUGCAGUUCUUGGAGCUCCAUCUGGGGUCGGUUGCUGCCAUGAAGCUGUGAGGGGUGGGGAGAAGGGGUUGUGGUCACCGGGAUUGUCACUGCGGGGAAUAAAGUGUCACUGGUGGC